AAUUUUACUGGACUACUUUCAUUUUUUUACCCACCUCAAAUGUACAAUUUACAGCAACGUGCUAAUGUUUUGUUCUCUUUUGCUAUAACCGCACUUGGCGGCAUUCUUGCUGUUGUUGCUGGCAUCUCGUACAUUACUGGCUAUGCUUCCAUCAGCAGUGACAUUCGAGUCGACGCCGACACAUUACGCGUUGUGAGCCGACGAUAUGGACCAGAUUACUACGACUAUGGCACUCCCAAGAGCCAUUUUGCGCGAUUCGCGUUUGACUUGGAUGCCGACUUCACGCCCGCUUUUAAUUGGAAUACCAAGCAGGUGUUUGUUACUGUCGUUGCCGAAUACGAGACAAAGACGCAUGAUCGUAACUCGGUCGUGUUAUGGGAUAAGAUAAUUACGCGUAAAGAGGAUGCCAGCCUGAGUCUGCGCAACAUUGCAAACAAAUAUGCUCUAGUCGACGUUAGCCGAAAGUGGAGUCAUCAACAGGCAAAUUUGUCGUUGCACUGGGAUAUUACGCCCUAUGUAGGUGUCAUCCAGGGCGGUCGCACACCAUCCAAUCCCACCACUAUCAUUCUUUCGCCUGCACCCUCGUCAUGAUAGCAUUAUUAUUGCAAUUUAAUUAAAUGAUCAUUACUGCCCAAAAGUCAAUAUCAACAACAAUGUAGUACAAGAUUGCACGUUGGUUUUGAGAUGUGAUUAGUAUAGAAUAUCGUUAACUAGGUCGAGUGGAAG